CAAGUUUCAUUGGCAGAAACUAAGAUAUUGAGGUAUAACGUGUUACAGUGUCGCAAAACAGAAUGCAUCGACUUCAGAGUUCAGAUACCAUUGCACUUUGAAGCUCUCCUUUCUCAUCCAGAUUCUAAUCACAGUAAACUCAACAAAUAUGAAGGAUCCAUGAAACAAACGGGUCACUGGAUUAGAUGAACCGAGUCCGACCCAAAUAGCAAAUUUGAUGAAGCAACCAAACCAAACCAAGCUUCGCUGAGAACUGAAACUGAUGAUUGUAACUGCAUAACAGGAUUGGGACUUGGGGGGAGGUACCAUUUCAGAAGCUAAAAAUGGUUGGAAAGAGAUUAAGCAUAACCUUAACAAUAACAUUCGCUGCUAUUUCCUUCUCUACUGCAAUCUCUGCAUAUGUCUUGAGUAGAAAAUGUAAGGGUUUGAAGUCCAAGAUUCUUGAGCUGGAGGCUUCUCUCAAGUCUUCCUUAGAUAAAUGUGCCUCUGAAAGGCAAGGGAGAAUUAGGGCUCAACAGACCUUGAGAAAAGAACUAUCACAACCUAAAUCUGAAAAUCUGAAGCUGACAUAUUACCCUAUGGCACCCAUUGGUACCAUCCGCUCAUGCUUCUCUACUAGGAAUGGGACACCGAGGCAACCGUUACUUGUACCACUUGCUAGAGCCUGUUUGGUUUUUAAUGCCACUCGUGUUCCGCCAGCAUCUCUUGAGGGUCUAGCUGAAUAUUCUCACUGCUGGGUUUUAUAUGUAUUUCAUUUAAAUACAGAUCUUGAGAAACUAUGGAAACAUCCAUCUCAAUCAGGGUUUAAGGCAAAGGUGAGAGUUCCGAGACUUAAAGGAGGAAGAAUGGGAGUGUUCGCCACGCGAUCCCCACAUCGUCCAUGCCCCAUUGGACUUACAGUUGCAAAGGUAGAGGCUGUACAGGAAAAUAUGAUUUUGCUUUCUGGUGUCGAUCUGGUUGAUGGAACUCCAGUACUUGAUAUCAAGCCUUACCUGCCAUAUUGUGACAGCGUCCAAAAAGCUGUAGUGCCAAAUUGGUUGAUGGAGGAUAGCUUACUCUCAGUAUCUUCUGUAAGCUUUGCAGAGGACUUCGCUUCAGCACUCGAAAAUUGCUGGACAAUGGCAGAAAAGAAGUCGCUUUAUGCAUCACCAAGCGAGUUCCAACGCUUGAUCAAGCAAGUUCUUUCAUGGGAUAUUCGGUCAUUGAGCCAAAGAAACAGGCCUCAUGAUGCUCUCUCAAAAAGUGAUAACAAUGAUGAAAUGUUGGUUAAUACUUCUGAUGUAGAUGAACACCAAGAUGACAGAGCUUUUUUACAUGAAAAGGACCAGAAUUCUGUAGAUUCUAAGGACAUAAUAUAUCACCUAAUUUUGGAGGGACUUGAUGUCUCUUAUAGAAUUGAUCACCAUGGUAAGGUGAAUGUGGAAAAGGUGUCACCAUCAUCUUUCUUGGACAAAAUCUCUAACUCUUGCAAUUACUUGACUUGGAAAGACAAGCUGCAGUGAAUUCUGUUGUAAACCUUCAUUAAUUUUAAUUUUAGCUUCUCAUGAGUUGUUUUUUUUUUUUUUACAUAGAAAGUUCCAUUAAGAGGGAAGUGAAAGCUUAGAGACUGGUUUUAUUUUGAGGUAAUGUUUUUAUUUUAGUUAUAAAAGUGAAAAUUUUGACUCAA